UAAAGAAUAAGGAAGUAAAAAACAUUUUCUGGCGCUGAGUCGACGGAAAAGCCGGAGUGUGGUAUUUUUAUGUGACUAGUUGUACCAACUUAGACGGCUCUUUUAAAAUAUGUUUUGCAAAAAGAACCUGUUUUGACAAGUGUAAUAGCUGUCUUAUAGCCAUGUAGCUAGUUAGCUACAAAUACAGCUACUGUUGUGGACGAAGAGGUUCUGGUUUCAGUCACUUGCCUUAACCCUCUGGCUAUUAUCAAUGACAACUUGGUUAGCAAGCCAACGUUAGUCAAAGAAAAUCAGGUUUCCACAACCGAUAAUUCGAGAGUGGAGCCACACAAUGGCAUACUGCGACAAGACAGGUGAUCAUCCCUCAGCUUCUCUAAACAAUGAGGACAGUCGUAAUGGACAUGACCCGGCGACAGAUAAGCACCCGACUCCGCACUCCAAAGGAAAUGCGAACGAUUGCUGUGCCACUGAAGAAGCCCGAACAGUGUCUGUGCCUCAUGGGUUGUGUGUAAAGAAGAAAAAGCUUGUCCUUCACGUUGACCUCAAUAACACCAUCUUGGUGUCUGAUGCUGUGACAAGUCAAGGAACUAUUGCAGCUUUGGAUUACUUUAUUUCCACAGUGACAUGGGGACAAAUGAGUAAACAAGGUAAGUGGAUGUGGAUGAGUGACUCACCUUCCCUGCUUCCACCAUGUGAGGGCGCUGUCAGCUACUACUCCCAGUUUGGCCGGGUGGCAGGUUUCACCAGCUCCACUGCAGGUCGGAGGUUCCGGGGCGUGCUGGAUGAGCACCUGGCGAUGCUGCGAUGGCCGAAAGAGCUGAAGGGGGACAAGGAGCUGGCUGUGAAGGGGGAGGAUGGGCAGCUGUACCACUGGAUCUUGCCCUCCUUCUUCCAGCUACUGAAAGACCUGGUGGCGGAGGGGAGGGACUUUGCUAUCCUGUUCCGCACUUUUGGCUCUGACCUUCCCCGCGUGCUGUCUGCAGUGUCCCGUGCCCUCACUCAGGGCUCCCACCCACUCUUCCCUGACCUUCCAGCACUUAAGCUGAGUGUGAAUGAGACGCCAGGCCAGAUCCGCUGCAGUAAGAAGGGGGCGGUCCUGACCCGGGCAGAGGAGCGUCUGUCGACCUGUGACGGGGAGCGAUCCUUGUACCAGUACCUCAGCUCUGUCCAGUGCCUGGGGGGCUUCCAGGACCAUUUUGACUGGUGGGCCAGGAACACCUACUCCAUCCUGGGAGGGAAACCUCUGUGGGUGGACCCCUUCGACCAGGAUGUCCAGCACAUCUUCAUCGAUGACAACAUUCGACAGAAUGACAAAGACACCAUUGUCCAUCCAAAGGUGUUUCUAGACCGAGACGGCUCAGAGACCCGCACAGCCUCCACCUCAGAGCUGUAUGACCUCUGUCUGGUCCAGAACGACCUGCUCAAGGCCAUCUCAGACCCAGAGUACUUCACCCAGCGCAUCAGCAUCUGCCAGGAGAACUAUGACAGGAACCUUCAGCAGGGGGCAGGCUAGAGUGGUUUGUCUGUAGCCUAGAGGUCCAUGGUGAGAAGGGGUUGGGACAACUCAGGUCUGUAGCCUAGAGGUCCAGGGUGAGAAGGUGUUGGGACAACUCAGGUCUGUAGCCUAGAGGUCCAGGGUGAGAAGGGGUUGGGACAACUCAGGUCUGUAGACUGGAGGUGGAAGGUCAAAGGGAGCUCCUGCAGUUGCUCUAACUCGUCCUCUAAGGUCAAUAUUCUCAGGGUGUGUGACACUGGCAACCAAUAUAUUGCAUAUGUAGAAGGCAUUAUUUUGCUGCUGUUUUUAAAUGAUAAUAUAUAUUUAAACAAAAAAAUGGUAAUCGAUAUAAAGGCAUUGUUUAUGUACACCAAAAUGUGUUCAGAAAAGACUUGAAUGGUCAUACUUGAAUGUUUCUAAUAUUACAAAGAGAGAGAGCUGCGUGGUUGAGCAGUAAGACUAACUGUUACAACUGAAAUCAUACUCUAGUCUACAGACAAAUUACUUUAAUAUUAACCACAAUUAGUAUUACUGUUUGACUAUUUAUCAUGGCAAAACAAUGGAUGAGUUUGACCUAAAAUAAUUUGGGUUUAUGUGGUUUGGAGUUUAUUUGCACUGAAAAUGACUUUACUUUCUUUGAAGCGCUCUCAUGUGGAUAAAAAGUAUAUAUCCAGGGAAUGUGUGUCACGCUUUCUCUUGAAGGUUUGUCAUAGUGGUGGAUGAGGUGAGUGGCCCCGUUACAAUGUAAAGCUCUAUACACCGACUGUACAAAACACUAAGGACACCUUCCCUCGGGGCAUGGACUCUACAAGGUGUCAAAAGUGUUCCACAGGGAUGCUGGCCCAUGUGGACGCCAAUGCUUCACAUUUUCUGGAUGUCCUUUGGGUGGUGGACCAUUUUUGAUACUCACGAGAAACUGUUGAGCUUGGAAAAACCCAGCAGCGUUGCAGUUCUUGACCCAAAUGGUGCGCCUGGCAUCUAAUACCAUACCCCGUUCAUAGGCACUUCAAUCUUUUGUCUUGCCUGUUCACCACCCUCUGAAUGGCACACGUACACAAUCCAUGUCUCAAUUGUCUCGAGGCUUAAAAAUCCUUCUUUAACCUAAGUUACAUCAAUAAGGGAUCAUAGCAUUCACCUGGUCAGUCUCAUGGAAAGAGCAGGUGUCCUUAAUGUUUUUUACUCAGUAUAUAAGUCGAAUCAAUGAUUCGUAUUAGCAUAUUUUUAAGCUUGAAGGGAGUGUGGCGUUUGACUACUGCAAAUUUGAGACACCUUUUCAAAGUAGCACAUCACAAUCACCAGGAUGUGGGUAAGAUAAAGGCGUCAGCAUGCUUCAGUUCAGCUAGCACCUCGCCAAACUCAGCUUGGAGAACCGAACGAGUGUGCUCGCGUACUCCCUUAAAAGACCUUUGCUUGAAAAAAGCAACAAUAGUAUUUUGUCCAUUUUGAGACUCUAGUUGUAUACACUUCCUCAAACUGGUCAGAAUAACUAAAAAAAAAAUGUUCAUUCAUUUUUAUGUUUUUGCCAAGGAGAUCUUUUAGUCGUGCAAUUUUACAUUUAACUGUUUGGUGCAGUAUUUUUCAAUUAGAUUUUUUUUUAUGAAAACGAGUCGUCUCGUUGAAUGACAACAAAGACUUAGAAUCCCUAUUGUUGACCAAUCACGGACCAAGAGGCGUAGACUUCGGCCACUGACUUUGGCUUGCCUCUAGAACAUUGCUUUGUGUGUCCGAACAGCCGACAAAAGUCCAAAACGAACAAAAACACCCCAGUGCCGUCAUUAUAUAUGCACAAACUGUUUUGGCUGGGAAGCAUGCAGACGCCUUUUAAAAGCACAAUCAGGCCUUUGACUGCAAUUAUACAAAAAGAGGCAUGGGGCAUUGUUGCUAAGGCAAAGUCACAUUUGAUGGGAGAUCGAUUCAGAUGCAAGAUUGUCUGUUGGACCGACUGACUGUUACCUUAUCAUGCAUUCACCAAGUCAGUCUGAAUGCUUAAUCUGAAUAUACUUAGUGUCUUUUUGUAUGUCAUUGUCUUGUGUCAGUUGGGGGACGAGUAACGCGUAGGCGUGACGCCACCUGACGUAAGACGAUCUUUGUAUGUUUCAUGAUGAACAUUCUGAACAAUCAGCUUGUGUGGUGUUCAAUAAACCUCAUGAGUGGAAGAAAAUGUA